GCGUUUUCUCCUCCUCUUCUCUCCUGCAGCACUCCUCCCACCUCAACUAUCUCCACAUACAUUAAUUGAGUCUCACUUGCAGUAGCACGCAGCUUUCUCCCGUGGUCGUUUGGACAAUGUUUGCGUGCAAAGCGGCCUGGCAGAGGUGUGGGCCUUUGGUACGACAGUCUCUGAACCGGGCACCCCUCUACAGAGAUGUUGUUCCCCGGAGGCUUAUGUCAUCAGUUCCUGGUGGCUCUGGCGAUAAUUUGCUUUAUGCCAUCCUCUGUGGUGGGGCUUUUGCAGGUUCCAUAGCAUAUGUUUACAGGACAGUGGCAACAGACCAUGACCGUUUUUCUGACCGUAUUUCUGAAAUUCAUGCUCGCCCCAAGUCGGAGUGGAAGCCCAAACCAUGGCCUCCCAAGAGUGGGGAUGAAGGUGAUGAAGAAGGUGGAGAAGAGGCAGCAGGUGGGGCAGUGGAGGAAGAGGUUGUAGAAGUUGCUGAGAGCGCAGCCAAGGUGGAAGAUGUAGCUGUUGAAUCCGAGGCAGCAGCAGAGGUCGUUCUGGGAGUGGUCGAGUCUGUGGGAACUCUGGAGAAUGUUGUGGAAACAGUUGCUGAGACAAUUGUAGAGACUGCAGAAGUGGUCGCUGAGGUGGCAGGGGUUGUUGCAGAAGCAGCAGAAGAGGUGGCGGCAGUGGCAGAGGAAGUGAAGAAGGUAGCAGAGGAAGUAGAGGCCGCAGCAGAGGCUGUUGUAUCUCCGGUCAUCCAAACUGAAGGGCCUGCCCCAGAGAGCAAUGAGGCCCUAUCACACUUGGUCAGCCCAGUAAAUAUGGAAACAUUUGAGCUGGCUGCUGCCUCUGUGAUCGAUGUUGUUCCUGUGGAACCUGUAGCAGUGCAACAAGUGAUUGCUGGACCAGAGGAUGUAGUGACCAUAGAAGCGGUACCGAAGAAGCCCACUGAGGUGCCUGCAGCAGAUGAGUUAGAAAGUGAACUGACUGCAGAGGUGGCACUCAUUGCCCCAGUGAUGGAGGAAUCACCAGUUUUUCUAGUAGCAGAAGAAGCAUCAGUAGAAGAGGAGGCACCAGUUGAUUCACCCGUUUCCCCAGAAGAGUUACCUAUUGCCUCUGUAACAGAAGAGGCUCAAGUUUCCUCAGUUGCAGAGGAGGUAUCUGCUGCCCCAGUGAUGGAAGAAGCACCAGUUUCCCUAAUUGUAGAGGAGGUAUCUUUUCCCCCAGUUGCAGAAGAGGCACCAUUUGCCCCUUUGAUUGAAGAUGCCCCAGUAAUAGAAGCACCAGAUUCCUCAGUUGCAGAGGGGGUAUCUGUUGCCCAAGUGGCAGAAGAAGCACCAGUUACAGAGGAGACACUGUUUGCACCUGUGGUAGAAGAGGCUCCAGUUGCCCCUUUAGCAGAAAAAGCACCAAUAGUGGAAGAGGCACCAGUUUCCCCAGGAGCAGAUGAAGCACUAGUUGUGGAGGAGGCACCAGUAUCCCCUGUAAUAGAAGAGGUGGUAUCCCCAAAAGCAGAGGAGGUAUCUGUUGCCCCGAUGACAGAAGAGACUCCUGUUUCCCUAGAAGCAGAUGUGGCACCAGUUUCUUUGGUAACAGAAGAACCUCCUGUUGCUGUGGCUGAAGAAACUCAACCUGUUGUAGCAAACGAAGAGGCAGUUCCUUCCCCUGCACCUGAGGAAACACCUGUAGCCCCAGUAACAGAAGAGGCUCCAGCCAUUUCCAUAGUUGAGGAGGCACCAGCAGUUGAGGAAAUGAAGGCAGCAGCAUGUUCAGAGAUGACUGCAGAAAGUGCAGUUGUGGAAGUUACAGAAAUUGUGGUUGAACCAGAUGCAGUGAGUGCAGUAGUGGCAGAGGCAGUUACCACAGUUGAAACAUCAAGUGUACCUGAUGCUUUGGAAGACCCUGUCUCUGAAUCCAAACGAGACUUCAUAGUUGUUGUUUUGGAGGGAGCUCCCAAAAUAGAAAAGAAGCCCAAGGUUCUGGGUGUGUCCCCCAUGAAUGGCAGGAUCAUCCCAGCCCCUGAGGAUGAUGAGGAGUCAUCGGGUCAGGGCAAGCGCCGUUUGCUUAAGGUACAGAUGCAUUAGCACCAGAUAAGAAACUUAAGUUGUGAGUGGUUAGAUCUCCUGGGAUAGUAAAUCCAUUCCCUGAUGACAAAUUAGUGAUGUGCCUUCCCUCGUCCCCAUUUUCUACUUUCACUUUGAGCUCACCUUCAAUUUGACUCCCUGGAAUUUAUCUCAGCAUUUGCCUAUAACACUAGCCCCAGAAUGGUGCUACCAUCUUACUCUGCUCUGAAUACGCCUCUCUUUUCAUAAGAAUUCAGUUACUUGUGCGUGAAAAGCUGUGACCGAUCUUGAUAUAUAUAUUUUAGCCUUUUAAAGGGAACUCAACCUUCUGUGUUUUCCAGUCAACUGCACUAUGGAGCCUACUAUACUACAGUAAACCCUACCUCAAUCCUCACAAUAGUAGGACAUUUUUCUGAGUUUCAUUUCACAAAUUUGCCACAAAACGCUGCCAUACCUGCAUGCUAAUCACCAGUAUUCUCUGGUUAGAAUUCAGGUUCUCCUCUUUCUUUACUGUAAGCUUACAAAUCAGCUGUAUAUUGUAUCUGAAUUAUCACUAUUUUUGUACCUUCCUACCUCAGCUUGAAUCCCGUAGAUUUUUCUCAUUCAUUUCCAAAUGCAAAAACAGUAUUUUUUUCUUUUUACACAAGUAUUAAGCUAGCAUUUAGUUUAGAAUAUGACUGGGUCAAAAACACAACAAUUGACAAACAAAUUACCAAUAUUAUACAUAUUUAAAGAGUAUCGUCAUGUUAAAAUUACAUUGUGUUGUUUUCAUUUCAUUCAUUUUUUGUAUUCAAGGCAAACAUUAAAAAUGGAGACUGCGUUCUCUGCCUUUGUUUUACAUUCUCAGAUGGGUCUGUUGUGUCAUUAACAGUCAGUCAUAAUCAAGCUAGUGAACUCUCUUUGGUUAAAAAACAUGUUACUUAACAAAAGCAUAUAAGUCACUUUCCUUGUUUUAGCAUAAAGCAAGGUUUUUUUUAGCCUAUCAUGCCAAAGUUACAUUUGCGUUGAUUCCAUCAGUAUCAUUUGUAGCAAAAUCGAUCUCAUUUUAGAUGCUUGCAGCACAGGCAAUGUGUUCUUUGAAGCAUGGAUUGCUGAUUUGACAAUUAAUGACAAGUUAAUUAGCAGUUAGUUAGCAAGUUAAUUUCUUUCAGAUUCUAGACUGAUAGACUGCAUGGAUCCACCAGGGCAAAUUAUUGUUAGUUAAUGAAUAUAAAAAAAGCUAUAUUGUCUUUAAUUUCUUUAAUACAUUUUAGAAAAAGGGACUUUCCUGGAGCAAUGUGAAGAGGGUUUCAGUAUCAAAAAGGGUGUUCAGAAGUACUUUUUGAUGUUUUGAGGCUUGAGGGAUGUGUUACAUGUUUUAUGCUGUUUUUAGCUUUGUUUAUUUCAUUGUAGGCCCUAAACAUGGGUAUUUUAACUGUGAAUGUAUAUCAGGGAUACAAUAAACAAUUA